AUGGACAUAGGCACUAAUGAACUCACACGUCCAUUUCGAAUUCCAAGACGGAGAGCUGAAAACAAUGGAGCUGACGCCAAACCGGAUAAGACUAAACGACUUCGUCUGGGAGAUCAAUCAGAUUCACGUUCUCCACUUGCUUCGACAUCUUCGGUUCGCAAGAAUGAUUCAGCAUUUUCUAGUCGCAUCGUACCGCCUACCAAGAAGAAGACUACGCAGGACCACCAGCAAGCCCCUACACAUACAAGGAAAUCGAAACCUGGGGAACUUUUUGAUCGAAUUUUAGAUUCUAUGGUAAAUCCUCCGAAAGAACGGAAAAAAGAUACGCCUCAAGAUGAUGUUGAUGAAGCAGGUCCGAGUGGUGUGAUUGCUAAUGUCAGCAAUAGUCCACCCAAGCGAACCACUUCUGGGCUCACACGUGAAGACUUGGAGCGUCAUCAGAAUGAUGAUUCGUCAUGUUAUGCUUUUAUGCAACGAGAGGGAUUAAUGGAGCGUUUGCUUGGGCACAAAAUGCUUACGGGCCGUGUGGAUUCUCACAUUGUCCUCGGCUUCUUACCGCUUGAUCCCAAAGAUAAUAUGCCGCCUAGGAAUCGCAAAAAUUCAAACAGUAAGGUGGAUGAUUUCCCAACCAUAUGUGAACCGCCGCCUGUUGGCGUUGCAAAUGAGGAAAGACGGGGACCAAAAACGCCACCCGGUUCGCCGGGGCAUGAUGCUAAUUCAUCGAUGCUUUCUUCACGAGGUGUUGGUUCGGCAUCACCUUCAAGUCCUCCACCUCCUCCUCCUGCCGACGAAACUGUUGCUUUAUUAGGGGAGGAUAGCAAAUUAAAAACAGAGGAAACGCCUGAUUUGAUAGCUGAAAUGGCACAACUUACGAAACUCCCACACAAUCAACUAGCAGAAUGCUUGGGUGAAGAAUUACAAAAAGCAAUGAAACAGGUUGAUCACAAAGUUUUGCUAGAAACACUGAAAGAUGCAUUGCUAAAGGUUGGGAAGAAGAACGAUGAUCAGCAAAAUGGACAAAAUCAGAUAGCUUCCAAAGAAGACAUGCGCAUGUGUCCGGUAGAAAUGGAUCUGGAAAGUAAUAAAAGUGUCAGUGGGAACGGUGUCUUGUUACCACCCCCUCCACCUGCACCUUUGACACCACCAUCACCGAACAUGGUUGCAGCUUUGCCUGUUGGCCUUUCUACUACUCCAGUAGUAAUGGCACCUACCGUUUUGCCAACACCCCCACCACCUCCACCUUUGGUUAUGCUUCAUCCUGGCGCUGCCUCUCAAGUUCUUGUCAGUACGUCAGCCACAGGAAAUGCCCCAUCGCUAUAUCCAUAUUUUCCGCCACCUCCACCCCAUCAGCUUACUGUUGAUCAAAGUAUCAACUCAUCUACGGUUUCCGGGCCUCAAACAUCUACUACCCCUGCAUCUGUUAUUUUCGCUGGUGUACCAUACGCUGCUAAUCUUGUUGCAACUUCAUCACUAGCAGUACCAGCGAUAUCGUCCUUGAAUCUUGCAUCACAUGCACCAGUUGCAACAGCGCAGCCUACAGGAAUGGUAAGUCCAUUCCAGAAUAUUCCCACAACACUAUCUCAUGCUGCUGGAACUCCCACUGCUUCUGCUUCACCGUAUACGAAUCAAACGCCAGCAUUUGCUUUGUAUCCAGGCUCAUCUUCCCAGCAAUUACCACCAACCACAGUUGCUUUUGCAUCUGGCAGUCAUUAUCCACCAGCGACGCUUGGGCACAACAGUCAUUAUAGCUCAGCGAACGUUAAUGUUAGUAAUAGUAACAGCUCGGCAGUGAAAGUAAAUAAUCACCCAGCUGUUAUACUGCCGCCAACAGUGCUGCAUCCGUAUGCCAGUGCUACGAAUUACAAUAUCUCUGGGACCUCGAUAGCACCAUAUUCAGUACCUACUACUUCCUGCGCAUCCACAUCAGCAGGCGGUUCGCUGACAACAGUAACAGUUUCCUCCUUACAACAUCAACUACACCAACAGCCUCCAAAACCUUUGGUGGUGCCAAACUCAUCGUUUGGUUGUGGACCACAUCAGACGGGAACCGGCACCUAUUCAACCGCAAGCAGCAAUUGUAAUUUCUCUGAGUUAAGAACAUCACAAAACCUAUAUCACUCGCAGUAUCAAAAGACGAACUAUUCUCCACCUCUCCAACAUCAUCAACAUCAAAAGCAACAUCAAAAUCCUAAUCUUCCAGGAACCUCCUCAGAUGGUGCUGCAGGUACCAGUACCUUUGGCACACAACAUCAGCAAUUAAAACCAGAUGAAAAAUCUUUCUCCACUGAUUUUUCACGUCCACCACCUCUUCAGAUGCAGACUUCGCUAGAAUCUCUACCCACAUCAAACAGUGCAACAUUCAAUGGUGGUGAGAUGGGCUCAUCGCUCUUCCUUUCAUCUGGUACUAUGAAAGUAGAAUCUGUUUCAAUUAGUGCGGCUGUAGCGUCGGGUUACAAUUCUGAUCAUCCACUGCCUGGAGAAGUUGUCAAUAGCGCAUCGGCAAAUUUUGGCAGCUCGAAAUCAUCCGAUGAACCAGUUUCAGUGCCAUCCAGCCAGAAUGUUAUUAAAACAUUACUUUCUGCUUUGUCUAUUCCACAAAGUAGUGACAGCGCUGCUACUGGUAGUGUUGUUCCAAAUAAUUCGGCUUCAGCACCUGAAACUAGCGAUGGGGAUCGAGAAGUUGAUUUUUGUUGGCCACCGGCAAAUAUGGAUACUCGUUGGUCCCAUGGACCUGGUCCGUCUGUAUCUGAAAAUGCGAAAAAAACAAUAUUGCACCAGCCGUCAUCAUCAUGCUCUAAGGCUACAAAUGCUUCGCGGAUGAUGUUUUUCGACCAACCGGUAAAGGUUCAUAUAUUUAUUCUAUUCGUAUUAGGAAUAAAUGAUCUCAUCAUUGAAAAAGCAUCUGCAAAUUCAGCGGCAUUGCCAUCACGUACAGGGACACCAGUGGUACGACCUCGUCCCCCAGUUCCUCCGCCGAUCCAAAAUCGAAUGCCUCUAAAUAGGUUACCUAGAGGAUUGCCAGGAUCGUCACAGCUCUCAGGACUAUUAUCAGCAGGGCUGCGAGUGAGACCACCUUUUAGACCGUCUGGACUAGCAACAUGCUCAUCAUUCCCCUCUAUGGCAAUUCCGCCGGUGAGACCACGGAUUACUCCACCUUUUUUCGCAAGACGACAGCCUUUCUCACUCAGACCUCCCCCUCCGGGAAUGCGCCCACCUCGACCACCAUUUCUGCGAAAGCAUGCUUGAAUUGAAUGCACGACCGUAAUCGGCGUAUCAUCGCGCCGACAUAUCAUCGCCAUCAUCUGA